AUGUCCGACGAUGGGUGCACAGACAAAGGGUGCGCUCCCGAAGGAUUCAAGGUGCUAUACGUUUCCAAAAAAAACCUUACCAUAGAGCGCUCAGAAGAAAACGGUCCGAUAAAUCAUGUCCAGAUAUCAUGUGAAGUGAAUCGUGACUCCUCUACAGCUAGUGAUAGCUAUGAGAUCAAGUUUACUGUUAAGUGUAAGUAUCGAAACAAUUAGUUAUAUUACAACCGUGGCUUAGUUGCCAGGCCACCCUAAAGCAGGAGUGAGGCUGGGGUUAAACUUGUCAUGAUAGAGACGAGAGACAACUUAAACUCGGUUCAAAUGGUCAUGAUAGUUGGUGAUAGUCGACGAGAAUUUCAACUCUCAUUCGCUAUCACUGACUAUUCUAUUUGUGUUCAAACGGUUCAAGAUAAUUGAUAAUAGUUGACAAAAUUACGCGAUGUAAACAAAUAUUGCGCGCGCUGAGGUCAGAAAUUUCAGUGGCAUUUGAAAUUUUAGUCAAGAAGUUGCAAGUUGAAGAUAAUGAAGCCUACGAGGAGAUGAUGAAAAUGAACGACGAGAAAUUCUGCGAAACUUUGAUGGCUACGAUUUUAGUCAGUUUACCAUUUAUAAUUUAGGUUUGAGUCCGUGUUUGGCAAAACUGUUGACUGAAAAACUAUCAUUCAUUAUCAUCUGCUCGUUCAAACGACCAAAACUAUUAUCAGCUAUCAUGUAGAAUUUGAACCGGCCUGUCUAAACUCAGCGAUAGUUGACGAUAGAGUAUGAUUGUUCGUGUUGAAACGCGCGUGAUAGUUGAAACUAUCAUCAACUAUCCCGACCGUUUGAAGACUGGGUAUUAGUAUUUAAGCUCGUGUUUAGUAAUGAGAGUGUGCAGGAGCGCAAUAGGCUCCUGGAGUGUGUCAAUCAUGUCCUUCCUGAACCUUUCCUUCUUGUUCUUCUAUGGUUAAUUCAGACUUACCUCGAGCAACGUUUUUGUACCAUGAUAAGUUCUUAUUUACAGUUCAUCUCAAUCUCAGCCACGAAGAGUAUGGUUAAAUUCUCAAAACCUCAACUGUAUUAUAUGUUAACUAUUAUAAUGACUGAAUAUAGUUUAUUGACUCAUUCGUUCGUUUGAUCGUUUUUUCUCUCACCCGUUCGCUCGUUGUUUCUCGUCUUCUCUUCUCUUACUCGUUCGUUGGUGUUUGGUUCGUUGUUUCAUUAUUUGGUUCGUUCGUUUGUUCCCUCACCCGUUCGCUCGUUCUUACGGUCGUGUGCUCGUUGUCUUUUCUCUUACUCGUUGGUUCGUGCUUGGUUCAUUCGUUUGUUCUCUCACCCGUUUGCUCGUUCUCGCGGUCGUACGUUCGUUGUCUUUUCUCUUACUCGUUGGUUCGUGCUUGGUUCAUUCGUUUGUUCUCUCACCCGUUUGCUCGUUCUCACGGUCGUACGUUCGUCGUCCCUUAUCUUGCUCGUUCUUUCGGGCUUAGUACGUCCUUUCAUUAUUUGGUUCGUUCGUUUGACCGUUUGUUCUCUCACCCGUUUGCUCGUUCUUACGGUCGUGCGUUAGUUGUCUCUUCUUUUGUUCGUCCGUUCGUGUUUUGUUCGUUCUCUCAUUCUUUGGUUCGUUUAUUUGUUUCGUUCUUUCUUUUCUUCAUUUGUUUGUUCGUUUGAUUUUUCGUUGGUUAUUUUAUUUGUAAUUUCAUUCUUUCGUCCGUUCCUUCUUUCUUUCUUUUCUUUUGAGCCGUCGUAUAAAGAAAUCGUGAAAAUAUCUGUGAAUGGAUGGAGUGGGAUUCCGAGUGAAGAGACUAAUUGUGAACUGCACACCUCCGAGAAGGGGUUGUAGCAGUUUUCCAUCAUAUAUAGAUUGGUUUCCCUUACUUUGCUUUGUGAUUGGUCCAGAAACCUUGCACGUUUUCUCCCAAAUUACAUGCUAAACUAAAGUGUCCAAUCACAAUUUGGUCCACCGUGUUCCUGCGAUUUAGGCCGAUGGCGAUCACAUGUAUUUUCUUUGAGCUCCUAUUGGAUACCUGCAAUAUUUUCAUACAUUUGUUUUGACUAACCGUUAUGAUUACUUUGGCUUCUGCUAUAAUGACUACCAUCUAACAUUUCCUGUCUACUCUUUAGGUGUAAGGGCUGUGGAAGGGAGAGAUCUUAACUUCACAAGAAUCUUACAGGAGAUGGUUUCAUGUGAACGCGUGAGCACGGUGAAUUGGAUUCUCAAUGAAAGUAAAUUUGCCUGCUGCGACUCAUGUCAAUGUCCCACAAAUCAUUGUGAGAGAGGAUCCGAUGGCCAUAGCGACGAAGUCAGUUUAGAUUUUAGGAGAAGAUUAAGAUUUACGGGAGGUGUAAUAAUACUGACCUACAUUCAAGGUAAUGAUGACAGAAGGGAGAUUAACGUCACAUAUGACAUUGAAGAAGACUCUGGUGCGAAGAGAUCAGUCGGGCCGAGGACGAUACGUAUUUUGGUCGAGAACGCUCGGCAUUUUUCGUCAUUUGUAGUCACGAAUACUGCUACCCUGGUAAUGUCCACUUCUCCUAAGUCUUUAUCUCGAAGCUGUGUAUCCAGUAUAUCGUCCACCAUCGUUUACCCAGAGCAUGUAAAACACAAACCGACGAGCGGUGCAUUAGCCACGAACACACCUGUGCUGCCGAUGUUGACGGUGAUUACAGUAAUCAUCUCUGCAUUAAUUCGAGAUGACAAAAAAGUCCACCACGAGGGAUGUCAGAAUGAAGUGAACGAGUAGAGAGGCGUUUAUCGACGUACCUCUCAUUUCCUCGAUCUUUUUCCUCUCAAUUUUGGGGUAGUCGUGCAAGAUGAACUUGUAUUUUGGCACGGUUCAAAAUAACUUGUUUACCGCGGAAAGUUGCCGACGGUAGUAGUUGCGCAUGGUUUAAAGCAGUGGCUGCCUUCGUGGACAAUUCCUUGCUUGAUGUACGCGAAAGAAAUUCGAUGGCUAUUACGCCCAAUAUAUCAGCAGGGAGAUAUUUUCUUCGUCUAAACUUGAUAUACAUAUUGUGCGUGUAAACGAUACAUCGUCUUUCGUUAUUUUUGCAUUUAGCGCACUAUAUACAAUAUUACAGCAUACCACGAAUUCUGCUGCGAUUUUAAUGAUUUCCAUCAUAGUAAGGAAUGGUAAAGAAUUGACCUCUAAAGUUUUAUUAAGGGCACCAAGAUGGACUCGGCAGAUGUUUAUUCAGAAGGAUAAGACAAAAUUAAUUAAAUUUUUGCAAAUCGCCACACGUGUGUUCGGUUACACACGUGUGUUCGGUUAUCCUCAGUUCGUUUGAUGUUAAGAUCGUGGCUUUUUUGAGAGAGUUUGGAGACCUUUUCUUGGAGGUUUCUUUUAACCUCGGAGAUCAGUUUAAAUGGAAGUCAUAACCGUGUAACUUUCAACUUUCUUUUCCCUUUGCGGAGUUACUUGUUAUUCAUUUCAUGUACUUAUAUAAUGCAAUUUUUAAUUUUCGCUGCAUUGCUGUAAAUGGCAGAACUAGCCUAAUUAAUAAUGCUAAUAGGACCGAGUGGAGUCCAGUUCGGUUUGUAAUCAUACGAGUGAUGAACAAAAUCGGACGACCGCGAAGCAGGAGUCGGAUUUGUUAAUCACGAGUAUGAUUACAGACAGAAUUGGACGACAAGAAAUCCUAUUACCAAUUAAUCAUAACCACUUCAAUUUCCGGAAAAAAAAUACACCCAGAAGAAAUAUCUCCAGUGGAGAUAGUCUUUAGUUAAAUAUUCUUCCAUUUUGGAAAUUGCCUUGCUUUUCUUUGGAUAAGUGGUUGUUGCUAUGGUUACUGUGAUCAAUUUUGUGAUUGGUGGAUUUAGCCGAGUGGACCUAGUAUGAUUGGCUGCUUCAACUGUCCGAUGACAGGUGUCCGAUUACAGCCAACUGUCCUAUUACACUGUCCGAUUACAAUUGUACAGAAUGAAUAGUGAAAAAUGAAGCAGCAUAUGCAUCAAUCACAUUUGAGGAAAUUGUAAUGGUAAUGAUUAAUAAAGAAAUUGGUAGUCCUCGCGUAGCCAUUUAUAUUAGAUGUGGUUGAACUGGCCAAUUCAGUGCCUUGCGCUACGCUUCACGACACCGGCAACGCGACGCAAAAUGUGUGACAAAUGAAGAAAUAAAUGAAUUUAAGG